CAACAUCUUUUCAUGACGCCCUAGCUGAAGCUUUUUGCGUGCGCGUUCACGAGUCCUCGCGGAAGCUGCUGCCAGUGGGGAAGAUGGCGAAUGUUUUGAGAUUGGUGAUUUACUACUGUAGCUGAUAAAGGGAACUACCAUAGAACGGGUUACACACGUAAACAGAAGGAGGGACAGAGAGUACUACAGUGGUAAGUACGGCAGUAUGUCCCGCUCUUCAGACAGCGAGGAUGGCUGCUUUGUUGCCAUGGAUACAGAAGAUGGUGGGGUGGGGUCAGGGGACCCGAGUGUGGGCAUGAAGGUGGGGGUAAGCACAGAGGAGCAGAACGGGCAGAGGAUGAGCCGGGACGAGCCAAGGAGUCAGAGAGCCAUGGUGGAGCUUCCAGAAGAAGUGCUGGAGUACAUCCUCUCCUUUCUUUCACCAUAUCAGGAACACAAGACAGCAGCCCUGGUCUGUAAACAGUGGUAUCGCCUCAUCAAAGGUGUAGCAUAUCAAUGUUACCAUGGUUUCUUGAGGGCUGUCCAGGAGGGGAACAUUCAGUGGGAGAGUCGCACUUACCCAUAUCCUGGGACGCCAAUCACCCAGCGGUUCUCACACAGUGCGUGCUAUUAUGAUUCCAACCAGUCCAUGUAUGUGUUUGGCGGCUGCACUCAGAGUAGCUGCAAUGCUGCCUUCAAUGACUUGUGGAGGCUUGACCUCAACAGCAAGGAGUGGAUCCGCCCUUUGGCUUCAGGCUCCUACCCCUCACCCAAAGCAGGGGCCACGCUGGUGAUGUACAAGGACCUCCUGGUGCUGUUUGGGGGCUGGACACGGCCCAGCCCGUACCCCUUGCACCAACCCGAAAGGUUUUUUGAUGAGAUCCACACAUACUCUCCCUCCAAAAACUGGUGGAACUGCAUAGUGACGACCCAUGGCCCCCCUCCCAUGGCUGGGCACUCUUCAUCAGUCAUUGGCAGCACCAUGGUGGUGUUUGGAGGCUCUCUGGGCGCGCGGCAGAUGAGUAAUGAUGUGUGGAUUCUGGAUCUGGAGCAGUGGUCCUGGUCCAAGCCCAACAUCACGGGCACCUGCCCUCACCCCCGGGGCGGCCAGUCACAGAUUGUGAUUGACAACGAGACAUUGCUGAUCCUAGGAGGAUGUGGUGGUCCUAAUGCUCUGCUGAAGGAUGCCUGGCUGCUGCACAUGGGCGGCUCCGCCUGGACCUGGCAGCAACUCCGUGUGGAGAAUGAAGAGCACGGCGCCCCUGAGCUGUGGUGCCAUCCAGCCUGCAGGGUGGGUCAGUGUGUGGUGGUCUUCUCUCAGGCCCCCUCCGGUCGCGCUCCCCUGAGCCCCAGCCUGAACUCUCGGCCUUCUCCCAUCAGUGCCAGCCCUGCUCCGCUGGGGCCCGAGCCCCCGUCACUGCGCUCCCACUCUCCGGUGCGGAGCGGGGCCGCCGGAGUGGUGCUGGGCGCCGUCGAGGAGGCCCCCUGCGUGAACGGCCGCUGGGGCACGCUGCGCCCGCGGCCCUCCCAGCGCUCCGGUGCCCGCGAGGGCAGCCCGUCGUCCUCCUCCUCCUCCCCACAGCAGCCUUCCCCUUCUCAAGGCCCCGACAGCCCCCCGAUGCCGCCGCUGCUCAACGGCUCCUCUCCCUCGCCCCACACCAGUCCUGCCCAGGCGGCCUCGCCCCCCUCACGGCCUCAUGCCCACUCUCACCCCCAUGCCCAUGCACCCGCGGACUAUGGCUGGGAUUUGCCCCCUCCCUCCUCCUUGUCCUCUGCCCCCGAGGCUCUCAGCACCAAUGGCCUGCACACACCGCCUCCCACUGCCUCUCCUCACACCCCCCCUGGGGCCGUCUCCCCCGCCGCCCUGCGCCGGAGCCUGGAGGCCGUCAAAGCUCUGUCGUCUUCCUCCUCAACCCCGCCCUCCUCCUCCUCCUCCUCCUCCUCGGCAGCGGCAGCAGGAGGUGGAGCCUUAGCCAGCCCGCCCCCCUCCUCCAGUCCGCCGCAGGCUCCACCCACUGACGGACACUCCAUCCCACCAAUUGCCAGGCGGCAGUUGGGCCACCAUCCACCCCAGAGCCUGAACGUGGGGAAGCCUCUGUACCAGUCGCUCAACUGCAAACCCAUGCAGAUGUACGUGCUGGAUGUGUCUCGUGCCAAGAGCGUGGGAGUGGUGUCCUGGCGUGUGUACGGCAGCGGUGGGGCUCCGGCCGCUGUCACCGGGCCGCCCGAGACCAGUCUGCACACGGUGGUGCAGGGCCGCGGCGAACUCAUCAUCUUUGGCGGCCUCAUGGACAAGAAACAGAACGUCAAAUAUUAUCCCAAAACCAACGCCUUGUACUUUGUGCGCGCCAAAAGGUAGUGUAGUGUAGCAGGGCAGAAGACAGAAGAACAGACUGACACUAACGUGUAUCUGUGGGUUUAAGAGGGUGUAAAGAAAAAAGAACAAUGGAUUCCACAACUAAAUGAAAGAGAGAAGGUGGGGGGGAGGGGAGGGGGGGGUUCUCUCCGUUCAGCCCGGCAAGGGAAUUAAAACUGGCCUUUACUUGGAGAGGGGGAAAUAAAAAGAAGAAAUGUGUCACUAAA